GUCAAGCCCAAAUCAAAACAAAUCCUAAUCAAUUCUUCUGCCGCCUCGUUGAAACCCUAAUGCUAUAAAAGCUAGGGUUUUCCCCACUUUACACUUUCUUUCUUUGAGCUGCUGCUGUUGUUUCAAAGCCCACAGUGAUUCCGCUGUUAACUGCUAAAAAAAGGGACGAUCUUUUCUUAGCCAUGGCGGACAAGGCAGUGACUAUUAGGACCAGGAAGUUCAUGACCAACAGGCUUCUUGCGAGGAAACAAUUUAUCAUUGAUGUUUUGCAUCCUGGGAGGCCCAAUGUUUCCAAGGCUGAGCUGAAGGAGAAGCUUUCUAGAAUGUAUGAGGUGAAGGAUCCAAAUUCAAUCUUUGUGUUCAAGUUCAGGACUCAUUUUGGAGGUGGUAAAUCUACUGGAUUUGGUUUGAUUUAUGAUUCUGUUGAGAAUGCAAAGAAGUACGAGCCCAAGUACAGGCUGAUCAGGAAUGGACUUGACACCAAGGUAGAGAAAUCAAGGAAGCAAAUGAAGGAAAGGAAGAACAGGGCUAAGAAGAUCCGCGGAAUAAAGAAGACCAAGGCUGGUGAUGCAGCAAAGAAGAAGUAAGCAAAAAGGGGAGGAAAGAUGAAGUGAGGUUAUGCUUAUCUUAGAGCCAAUGGUUUUCAACAGUGUUUCUUUUCUAGUCUUAACUAAAGUGUUUAGGUGUUCUUGAACCUUUUUUUUUUGGAAACUGCAAUUUUGGUAUUAUAUGAUGUUUAGUUGUAUUACCUGAUUGUCUUAUUUUGAGUGUUAAUCCUGUGGAGAUUUUUGAAAUAUUUACCAUAGAACAUUAUUGUUUGCCAUGAUUUGCCUUUGAUAGGCUUGCAUUUUUUACAACUCAAAUGUUGCUUUUAUAUUUCCUUGAACUACCAUUGUAUUCAACUCUACUUCGGGGGAGUGUUUCUAAUUGCAUAGUGUGAAUGAUUAAGGGCAUUUCAGGAAUCAAAUCUCCUAAUAUCUGGAGCAUUGUUAUUAAUUUCAUUUUAGUACUGAUCCUACUGGUCAGUAUGUUCUAGUU